UUUGGAUCACACAUUUCAAAAGUCUUCAUUUCUUUCUUCAAUUCCGUGCCAAAUCAAAUGAUGUCACAUAAAUUGAGACGGGAGGAAGUAUUUAAUAUUUUUCACCAACAUAGAUAUAUCGAAUAACUCUGUCCACCAAUAACAAAAACCCCUUCUUCUCAUAUCCUUAUCUUCUUCUUCUUCUUCUUCCUCUUCUUUUUGUGUAAUUUUUUUGUCCCUUUAUACAAAGAAGAAUAAUAAGAGAAAAGUUAGAGAAACACUCCAUAUUAGAUCUUACUAUAGCACUUCUGUUACCCUCUAAACACAUCCAUAUGGACAUCCAACACCAAAACAUGAGAGAUCACAAAGAAAAGAAGCAGAGAAAUCAAGAAAGUGAUCAUCAAAAGGUCAUCAGCAGCAUUGAAGCCUCAUCAACACCACCUUCAUCUAAUUCAUCAUCUCCUUCACAUGAAUUCUCAUUCACAAUCUCAUUUCAACAAACAAAACAAAUCCCACCUUCUACUUCUUCUUCAUCAUCAUUUGCCAUAGAUUUAUCACCAGCUGAUGAUAUUUUCUUCCAUGGCCACUUACUUCCUCUUCACCUUCUUUCUCAUCUCCCCAUAUCAUCCCCUAGAUCUUCCACCAAUUCCCUUGAUAGUUUCACUCUUCCAACAAAAGAUCACUUUUUUGAAGACCAUAAAGUCCAAAAGUCCAAGAAUCGAAGAGUAUUAUUAGAUGAGGAUAUUACUUAUACAUCUAAGGGAAAACAAAAGGCCAAGUCUUUUUCCCUUUUUGGGACACCAAAAUGGAGAAAAGGGCAUGAAGUUAAAGAUCAAAAAGAAAACAAAGAGAGGUCACAACAAUAUGGCAAGAAGAUGACAUUUGAUAUGAUGACUCAAGUUGUGAAGAGGUACAUAAGAAUGGUAAGGCCAUUUUUAUCUUUUAGAAGUAAAAAGAAUAUGCAAUUUCAUAGGCAAUCAUAUUCUUUUUCUGGGAAUUUAUUAAGAGGAGAGAAUAAAGAGAUUAGGCAAUAUUCAGCACCAGCUUCAAUAAGAACAUCUCCUACAAAUAGUGGUCUGCUUGUAGCAACAUCAACAGGAGGAGCUUAUAAUAAUUAUACUAAUUCUUCUUCAAGUGAUAGCACUAUGGAAGAGUUACAAGCUGCUAUACAAGCUGCAAUUGCUCAUUGUAAGAAAUCUGUUUCAAUGGAAGACAAAAACAAAUUGCCAUAAUGAAUAGGAAUUUGGUGAUACAGAAAGAAAAAGGUCUAAAUUUUAUUUUUUUAACCUCUUAGUCCUGCUAGUACUUAUUUUUCGUGUAACAAAUCUUAAUCGGUGAUAGCAGGUUAGUUAUCAGUUUAUCA